GUAAUCAUGUGUUACCAACGAGAAAUCUUCUGUGCUUUUACUUUACAAAAAUAUUUUGUUUGAAUUAAAAUGUCCUUUUGUUCUAAAUACUUAAACACUAAAAUGUAACGAAUGAAAUAAAUGUGUCUUACUCAGUGUGGUUAGAGAACACAGCUGGAGGGGAAAUGUUGUAAUUUUGGUGUUUCCUGAUUCUACCAAUGCUGGAGUGAACGAGUUGACUUUAACUUACAUCAUCUCAUGUCUCUCCUCCUCUCUGUGAAAAACAGUAAAGCCGAAAAUGUUCACCUUAUUAUUUAUCAUUAUUGUACUGUCAGCUGACUGUUUUUGCACUUACUUGAAUGAACCUCUUUGUGACUAACAUGACCGAAAUUCACCCAGCAAUGUUAAUACGAUUCAGAGUUUUAUUAAGCUAGUACAACAAACAAAAAAACAAGGUGGGCAACACAAAGCUGAGGCAGACAGGCAAGGUCCAAACUGCAAUCAGAAAGUGAAUAGUAAAAACAUAAAUGCUCUCAUAAAAAAUAAAACACUACAGUUGCAAAGGUUAAACUGGCAAAGGUGAUGGUGGUAAGUUAGAGGUAUAAUUUCAGUAGGACUUAUUAGUGGUGCAGGAACAAACCAUCUUCACUAAACCUGGAAACAACAACCAAACAAAAGGCAGAGACAGCAGCUCCAGAAUGUUGAAUUAAUAGAUUAAUGCAGACCUUCAUCAGAUCUCUUAUUAAAAGAAUAAAACCAAAUCAAGCACCUGGAUUCCUCCAUGACUUUAAAUCACAGAUGAGCUACAACAGUGUGUGACCAAAAGAGUCCUUCUAGUUUCAGCAUAGUCAUCAACUCUGGUUUUAAAAACCCGAGGUUGUAAAACAUAACUUAUUGCGCAAGUAACAGAAGGAUGGGUAAAACAUGAAAAGACAAGUCAUUCUCACAGAUGGAGGUGCUACGUCGGCCACAACUGUUUGACUUCCAUGGAGUCUCCAUGACCAACGCUUUCACUGACAACUGGGACAACAUACAGAACUUCAAAGCAAGACCGGAUGAUAUUCUUAUUGCUACGUACCCUAAAGCAGGAACCACAUGGAUCUCUUACAUCAUAGAUCUUCUGUAUUUUGGGCACAUGGGUCCAGACCGUCAGACAUCCAUCCCUCUUCAUGACAGAGUGCCCUUUCUGGAGCUCUACGUACCUUUUCUACCUUCAGGUACCGAUUUGGCAGACAAACUUCCCACCACUCCUCGUCUCAUUAAAACUCAUCUACCAGUCCAGUUUGUGCCAAAGUCCUUCUGGGAGCAGCGCUGCAGGGUGGUCUAUGUGGCCCGCAAUGCAAAGGACAAUGCAGUGUCCUAUUUUCACUUUGAACGCAUGAACGGUGGCAUGCCAGAACCUGGAGACUGGAGCACCUUCCUGCAGGGGUUCAUGGCGGGAAAGAAGGUUUUUGGAUCGUGGUAUGACCAUGUGAAUGGCUGGUGGGAGAAGAAGCAAACUUAUUCAAAUUUUCACUACAUGUUCUAUGAAGAUUUGAUUGAGGACUAUGAAAAAGAAAUAGACCGCCUGUGUUCCUUCCUUGGUUUGUCUCCUUCAGUUGAAGAGAAGGAAAGAGUCAGAGCCAGUGUGACGUUUGACAGCAUGAAACAAAACAAGAUGACCAACUACUCCACAGUUCCUGUGAUGAACCAAGAGGUGUCCCCUUUCAUGAGAAAAGGGAAAGUUGGUGACUGGAAGAACCACUUCACUGUGGCUCAGAAUGAGCAGUUUGAUGAGGACUACAAGAAGAAGAUGAAGAAUCCUGAUCUAAAGUUUCGAUGUGAAAUUUAAAGCCCUGGCUGAGCGUGACGGAGCUCUGAAGUGAACUAGUUGAGGAUAAACCAAGUUUUGAGACAGAUUAAUUAGUAUCCCUGUUGUAGUAUUAGUAUUCCUAUAUUAUAAUGCUUUUCCGCUUAUCCAAUUCAGGGUUGUGUGGCGACUCGAGCCUAUCUCAGCUAUCAUAGGGUGAGGCAACAGUGCUAACCAACACACCACCAUGGUGCCAAAUAACGUAUUAACUUAAAUUGAUUUGAUUUUCUUAUUUGAUAUGCUCCCAUUUUGAUUGUAUUCAAAGAGACUCAAAAAUGUCUGUGUUUUGUUAUUAUCCUUGGAUAGUACGCUGUUCAGUAGUGUGUUUAAUGUUUUGUGCAACAAAAUAACCAAAACUGUUUGUGCAUUGGAUUAACUGAUUUGACCUGGUUUAUCUGACUUUAUACUACUGGGUUUGGCAUUAAAAGGCUCAGCUAGGCAUGAUGGAGCAUUGAACAGAUGUGUGCAUAUCCCAACAAAUAAAUAAAAAUAUAUGUAUGGAUCAUCAGAAUUAACCAUAACUCAA